UCAAUGCAGCCACACGUAAGAUGGUUGUUAAACAUCCGUAAAUCCCUCGUCGCGUAAUGGAUAUUUUUCCUUGUCAUAUCUGCUGAAGUGAAAACUUUAGCGCUGUCUGUUUCUAAUGAAUAUGAGUUCUCACGUUAUCACCCCUGGACCGUACCGAGCCACAAAACUGUGGAAUGAGGUGACUCGUUUGUUUCGGGCUGGUAUGCCCCUCAGGAAACACCGGCAGAACUUUCGGCACUACUCCUCCUGCUUCACCGCCUCUGCCGCUGUGGAAUGGCUUCACCAGCUGCUCCGCAGCAACAGCAAUUUUGGCCCUGAUGUCACCAGGCAGCAGACGGUGCAGCUCCUCAAGAAAUUUCUGAAGAACCAUGUGAUUGAAGAUGUGAAGGGUCGCUGGGGCUCAGAGGAUCUGGAGGACAACACUGUGCUGUACAAAUUCCCCUCGACUUCUCCUCUAAAGCCCAUUCCCUGUCCCGCUCCAACCUCGGCUCCAAGCUCCAUUAAGAAAAGGCCGUCAUUCAGGGACAAGGAAGGUUUCUUCAGGUUUAAGAGUAUGAAGAAGCAUGAAAAGGAGACACAGGAAAAUGUAGAUCCUGCCUUCCAGCCAGCAGGAGAUAAUAAGCCAACAGGAGAGCAGCAGAUGCAGCGACGAGAGCUGACAGUGGAGGAUGAACAGGAGAUCUGGAGAGACAUCACUCUGACCCACCUGCAGAGGAUUCUGGGUGUCGCAUCUCUUGAUGAGGUUUUAGACCAACGUUGCAUAAACCCACAGAACAUCAUCCAUAACAUGACCAAAGUCAACAAGCAUGGAGUGGUCACACUGGACGACAAGACCAAUGACCUCCCACACUGGGUUUUGUCUGCCAUGAAGAGCCUGGCCAACUGGCCGAAGUACGACAGCGCACAGCCGUCCUAUCCCGGCUUUGAGAGAGAUGUCUUCAAAACCGUGUCUGAUUACUUCUACAGCCUUCCACAACCGUUACUCACAUACGAACUGUACGAACUAUUUAUCAACAUCCUGGUGUUUUGUGGGUAUGUCGCAGCACCCACAGUACACCAGCGUGGGAAACGCAAGAAGCCUGACCUCCCAACAGCCCCUCCUCCAGCCAAGGCAUCUUUCCGCUCCACAGAGUGUCUCCUCCUGUCGCUGCUCAGACAGGGGACAUGUGAUGAGACAGAGUCGCCGAUGAGAGAGGUGCUUGGUGGGAAGCUUCAGUCACGCCUGGCAGCGCUGAAAGGAGGCAUUUCCAGUACAGGUGACAGUCAGUUAGGAGGCAGCUGCAUGAGUAUAGUUGGUUCCACAAGGCCUCAAACUAGGAGUUGCUCAUUGGAAACUAUCCUAGAUGACUCUGCCCCUCUCACCCGGCAACAGCUGUUCUUGUCCAAUGACAGCCUGGCAUCCUGCGCCUAUAGCAACAGGAGCCAGGAUGACAGCCCUGUCAUCACAACCCUACACAGCUGCACCGACUCUACAUCUGUUCUGUGUGAAAGUGCUCCAGGACCCACAACCAGAAAUAGGCUAUCUGUGGUUUCUACAGCAGGACUGUCAGGUGCUCCGAGGUCACGCCCUUUGCGGCCACGCAGCGUAGGGAGCUGUCUGGACAUUGUCAUAGAAACCAGGGAGGAAGAUGUCAUGGAGACCAAGUGGCAGGGCCGAGCAACCAGCUGCCUCAACGUGAACACUCCUGCAGAACAGUAUCAUUCUUCCUCUGCUUCCCAUCCUCCCUCGUUGCCCUCCUAUCAUCCUCUCUCCUCCUUCUCUUCAUCUGCUAUGACCAAAGUACAAGGGUCUCACGCUGCUACCAGACCCAGUGGACCCAGAGCCGCCUCCAGUACCUCAAAUCUUCGGACACUCCCUGCACCUGCUGUUGUCCGGCGCUGCCUCAGCUCUCUAGACGUGUCAAAGCCGUCUCUUCCUGUUUCAUUGUUCAAACCGCCUAUCUGUGUGCCCACCAGCAAAUCCCAGCCCCCCCAACCCAAACGUGAGCACAGCCUUCUCCAGCCUCAGUGUGAGCGUGUGGCUGUCGAGGCCCUGCAGCUUUGCACUCUGCUCCUCCCCCCCGCCUCCCGCAGGAAGUUACAGCUCCUCAUGAGGAUGAUGUCACGCAUCAGUCAGAAUGUGGACAUGCCUCGGCUCCACCCCGCCAUCGGUACCCGAACGCUGAUGGUUCACACGUUUUCAGCCUGUGUCUUGGGCAGCGCUGUGGAGUGUGAUCUGGACGAGCUGUUAGCUACCAGACUGGUGUCAUUUCUAAUGGACCAUCAACAAAGCAUUCUCUCUGUCCCGGAGUACCUGCUCACUGCUAUCACUGACUAUAUACAGUACCUUCGCACAGCACAGGUCCCGAUCGACAGUGUUUCUAAUGUUGAUGGCAGCGAUCCGGUUCCCGUUCCAAUACCCGUCUACACGUUCUGCCAUCAGAUUAGCAGCGCUGAGUUUGAACAGCAAAAGCUGGCAUCUUCCCAGAAAGCCAUGGAGGAGUUGCUGGAGAUGCUGCUGACAGACCAAAACAUAAGUGAGAAAGACAGACGCAAGAAACUGAAGCAGUUUCAGAAGCAGUACCCAGACAUCUACAGUCGUCGGUUUCCCUCAUCAGAGCGAGAAAACAACAAACCAAAGAUUAAACCUCCCCUCCUCAACAUCAAGAAGACCAAAGCUUUCAGCAUCAGGAAUUAAACUAACCAUACAGGUGUCACCGUUAUAGAAGCCACAGUCUUUGCAUAGUUUUUGCUGCACUGCUACUGCACUGAUACUAAGAGAUUUGGAAAAUUCACUUCUCUUUGCAGCCAUUAACUUUUUCUUGUUACAUUUGAAAAACCGUGAUUCCUGUUGUGUCUCUUUCAUGUGCUAAUAUGAGAGUUCAUGCCGGCUGGAAGACUUCUACGAUGGUAAAUCUGUGUAUUCAUGUUGUGUGUAUGUUUGUGAUGUGUGUUGAUAGCUGAGUAAGAUAAAGGUAGGUAGUAGGACAGUGGCUCCUUAAAGAAGUUGCUGUGUUCAAGUAUAACAUGUUUAUGAAGCAGGGAUUCAUUUUUGUUUUUUUGUUGUUGUUUUUCCUCUUUUUUUUUUGAUCAGUCAGAUUUUCUCUCUUCACCCAUUUUAUUUUCCUCCUCACCUGUCAUCUCUACUAUUGGCUGAUUAGUGUGUGACCUGUGUGUGUGUGCAUGUGUGUUAACAAGCUUCAGAGUGCAUUGUGGGAGAAAAAAAUAUGCAAUUCUGAGAUCACUGGUCCAUCUGGGAAUAAUUAGAUUAUAGAUCUCUUUAUUUAUAUGAACGAUGACAUUGGGAGAGUGCUAGAAUAUGUUUGCUUGAAGUGUUUCUCAACAUGUUAGCAGUUUUUAUAGACUUUACUGAACAUUUAAUAGCAUAGAAUCUUUUGAAAUAAGCUUUUGUCUUUUGACAUUUCUUUUUCUAAAACUUUUCAGCCCCUGGCUUUUCUUUUUCCUUCUGUUGCUUUCAUUUGUGUGGUGCGUUUUUCAAGCAUUUUUACAGAAAUGUUUUAGGUUUUGUCAGUAGGUCUUUCAGCUUUUUCAUGUACAACUGAGAUAUUUUAAAUGGACCUUGUCUUUUCCCAGUUUCUUUUAUUCCUUGCGUUUGUGUGUCUCAUCUUGAACUCAUCCCUGCUUAGUUUAUUGGCAACAGAAAUGUUUUGCACUGGAUUUAGGCAUUGUGAGUGGCCAGUAAGCUUACACCAAUCAUCACAGUGGUUAAUUUAUAUAUAUAUUUAAUGCAUAUUAGACUCCCUAAAGAUAAAGGUUUCACUAGACACUUGCCAUAGUUUGGGUAAACAGUUGCUACUGCUCAUCAAUAAAGCAUCAUAAAGUGUUUUCUCAUCAGCUACAGCAUUAGGGUACAGAACACACAUAUGUGAAUACAGGUGUAUGACCAUCACCUGCACAUGCAAAAUUCAUAUCACCAAAGCUGAACUUGCAUGUGUAACCAUACCCUUAAUCAAUUGAAAGCGGUGAAGUGUCUGUUGGCGGUACCUAUUGCUUAUAAUGAGACUAGCUGGUGUUGGACAGCGUCCAUUAAUUUCAGUGACAGAUGCUAACAGGUAUUUAGUCGACUGAGAUACAAUACAGAACCCAUCUUAUGUCAAGUGUCUGAGGAAAUGUUACAGGCUUGACUCAAAAGAUCAAGCUGCUCUUUUUUUAAGUUAUAUGAAGUAUUAGUUCUACCCUGAUAUGUUUGUCUAUACCUCAGAUCAGAUGAUGUGUGUGAAUGUCUAACCAUGUAUUCACUCAUCAGCAGUGUUUUUGGCAAAGACUUUUACAGUGGAGUGUAUAUUGUACACCUACACAGUUGUAGUCCUCUUCUACAUUGUUUGCUAUGCAAAGCCCUGGGAAAUAAACCUGUUCAGCUGUUGUA